AUGAAAAGGACGAAAGAAGAUCAUGAAAAUUUGUUGAACAUCUUCAUCACAGAUAAAGAUUCUAAACAACAACUUCUUGAUGAAAUUAAGAACCUUUUAAUCAAUGAUAAAAAUAUCGGCAAAGAAGGAAUACCUAGAGAUAAUAUUCUCUUUAUACUGUUAGAUAUAAUAGGAGUACAUGGUCACAUACUUAGUCAUCAUAAGGCUCCUCAAAGAAGCCAGUUUGCUGAUUAG